AUGGUUGCACAGCAGGCCAGUUUGGAACCUACAGAAGUAGUAGAUUCAAACCAAAUAGUGGAAGAACCAGUUCCAUUCACUGCAGAAGAUCAAUUAGAUCAAUCUUCUAAUAAUAAAGUCAAACUUGAAAGAGAGUUGAAAAGAACGCAGACUAGUCAGAAUAUCGAAGAAUCAAAAGUUUCAAAUGUAGGUACAGAUACAGUUACUAGACCUCAUGUUGAAGCCUCUUAUGUAGGUUGGAAACAAAUGUCGGGAUGGGUACAAAAGGAUACUUUAACUUUAGACGAUGAACUUGUUGAUUUAAAUCAAGAGACUAUUUUGAAUAAUGUCUUACCAGAUUCUCUAUAUGGUGAUUGGUAUCAUUUUGUAGCAAUUAUAUUUGUUGCUGGAAUCUUAUCUUUUACAUUUGGUUAUUUUAAAUUCUCUUUAGCUCCAGUUUUUUUUGUAUUAGUCUCUACUGGUUUAUUAUAUCGUACCAAUGCUAAAAAAUAUCGUGCAUCAAUCAGAGAAUUAAUUCAAAAAGAAUUUACAGUUCAAAAAAUUGAAGAUGAUUAUGAAACUAUGGAUUGGUUAAAUAAUAUGUUAGAUAAAUAUUGGCCAAUCAUUGAACCAAAUGUAUCACAAAUGGUAGUGGCACAAGUAAACGAUCAAUUGGCUACUAAUCCAGCAGUUCCAGGUUUUAUUAAAUCUUUAUGGAUUGAUAAAUUUACUUUGGGUAUUAAGCCUUUUAGAAUUGAUUCAGUUAAAACUUUUCAAAAUACAGAAUCAGAUAUCGUUGUCAUGGAUUGGACUGUUUCUUUUACACCUCAUGAUUUAUCUGAUAUGACAGCUAAACAAUUGAAAAACUAUGUUAAUCAAAAGGUUGUUGUCAAAGCAAAAAUGUUUGGUAUUACGAUUCCUGUAGCAGUAUCAGACAUUUCAUUUAAAGUUGCAACUAGAGUUAGAUUUAAAUUAAUGACUCCGUUCCCACAUGUUGAAACCAUUAAUGUUCAAUUGUUAGAGGUUCCUGAUAUUGAUUUUGUGUGUCACUUAUUUGGUGACAAUGUCUUCAAUUGGGAAAUUUUGGCUAUUCCAGGACUUUAUACUACUAUUAAUACAUUGGCAAAGAAAUAUAUGGGACCUAUGUUUUUACCUCCAUUUUCUUUACAAUUAAAUAUUCCUCAAUUAUUAUCUCAAUCUAAUUUAUCUGUCGGUGUCCUAGAGAUUACUGUUAAGAACGCUAAGGAUAUUAAACGUGCUAAUACAUUUAUUAAUGACUCUGUGGAUCCAUACUUAGAAUUUGAAUUAUCAGGUAAAUCGGUAGGUAAGACCAGAACAGUUAGAGAUUCAUUAAAUCCUAUUUGGGACGAAACUUUAUAUUUGUUACUAUCAUCAUUUACAGAUCCGUUAACUAUUACAUUGUUUGAUAAGAGAGAGAAAAUAAAAGAUAAAGUCAUGGGUAGAAUUGAAUAUAAUUUGAACUCUAUGCAUGAUAAAGCAGUACAAACUGAUAUAGUCUCUCAUUUCUUAAGAAAUUCAAAACCAGUUGGUAAUUUAUCAUUUGAUUUGAAAUUUUUCCCUACUUUAGAACGCAAAGUUUUACCAACUGGUGAAGUUGAAGAAUUACCAGAUUUAAAUACUGGUAUUGCUAAGAUUGUCGUUGAAGAAUUACAUGGUUUGAAUGACGAAAAUAAGAAAGGUUCAUAUUACAUUGAAGUAUUUUUGAAUGCUAAAUUAGUAUUGACUACAUCAAAGGUAACAAGCAUAGAUAUUCAAAAAUUUAAUCAAGAUUUUGAAUCUGUGAUUCCUGAUCGUCGUAAAUCUCGUUACAGAUUCAUUGUUAAGGAUUCUAACACAGAUGAAAUUGUCACAUCUAUGGUUCAAAACUUAAAUGAUUUGAUUGAUAGAACUGAAGUCGGUAAAGCAUUUAUUCCUUUACCAGGUAGUAAAGCUAAAUUAAAGGUUACUACUUACUGGAAGCCUGUUAGAUUGGAUCUUGGUAAUAACUCCAUUGCCUAUACUCCUCCUAUUGGUUUGGUAAGAAUUUACUUGAAGAAGGCUGUCAACUUAAAGAACUUGGAAACAGUCGGUUACAUCGAUCCAUAUGCUAAAGUAUUGGUCAAUGGUAUAUCUAAGGGUAGAACCGAUUAUAAAUCUCAAACUUUAAACCCUGUUUGGAAUUUCUCAAUUUAUGUGGCAAUUACUUCUCCUAACCAAAAAGUUUCUAUUGAGGUUAUGGAUGUUGAAACUGUGAAAAAAGAUCGUCGUGUUGGUAUAUAUGAUGUUGAUCUUUCGGAACUUGUCCAAGAAGAUGAUGAUGGUAAAUAUGUAGUUAAUGAAGAUGACAAAGAUAGAACAGUUCGCUUGGUUGGUAAGAAUGGACCAAGUGGUCAACUGACAUAUAAUGCAUCUUUCUAUCCUGUUAAACCAAUAUUAACAUUAGAAGAAGUUCAAGAUCUAGAAAAGGUCUCAAAGAGAAGAAAGAAGUUGGAAGAUAAGAAAGCUAAACUUGAUAUGAAGAAUAUCACACCGAUUGAAAAAGAUGUUAUAGAUGCGGAGGAGAGUGAGAUUAAUGAAUUAACCAACUUGUAUUCUCACAAACAGCAAUUAUCUUUAGAAGAAUUAUUAGAAUUCCAAUCUGGUACUCUUGCUAUUUCUGUUUUGAAUGGUGAAUUACCAGAUGUAGGUUAUUAUGUUCAGGCAUUCUUCGAUGGAAAUGGUCAUUCUCGUUUCAAUAGUCCUAAGAUUAAUUCAAAGAUUAUUAGAGACGGUUGGACAGGUGAUGUCGCUAUCAAAGAAUUGAAGAACUCUAUGACUACAUUUAGAGUUACUAAAAAUCAAUACGGUAAUAGAGUUGAGAAUUGUGCUAGUGAAGUUUCAUUACCUACUAUGGAGUUAGUUAAAAAUUGUUACAAUAAACCGUCAAUCAUUACAUUAAGUGGGGAAGGUGCUGCAAAAUUAAUGAUCCAAGUUUCAUGGUUUCCAUUAGAUGUUGAUAAAUUACCAGCGUGUGAUUUAAUGAGUAAUUCUGGUGAUUUGACAAUAAUUUCCAAGAGUGCUGAUAAUCUAAUGGCAUCAGAUUCUAAUGGAUUUUCAGACCCAUAUUUGAAAUUUUAUAUAGACGAUUUUAAGGAUCAUUUAUAUGAAACUCCAAUUAAGAAAAAGACGUUGAAUCCAGUAUGGAACGAUACUGGUAAGAUUGAAGUGAAAGAUCGUAGCAAUAAUAUGCUUAACAUUAAAGUUAUGGAUUGGGAUGCAGCUUCUUCGGAUGAUAUUAUUGGUCGUGUAAGUUUGCCAUUAUCCUCAAUUGAACCUGGUGAAAAGAUGGAUAUGGAUUUACCUGUGAAACGUGAUGAUGGCGGUGAUGGUGGGAUGUUACAUCUAUCCUUUGAAUUUGAACCAAGAUAUGUGUUGAGUGUGUCUAAACGUGAGAAGAAAGUUGGUGAUGUUGCCAGUAAAGGUCUUGGUAGUGGUUUGAAAGUAGGAACUACUGUUGUUUCCACUGGUGUUGGAACAAUUGGUAAGAUUGGUAAAGGUGUUUUUGGUGCGGUUGGAUUAAAACGUAAGAAGAGCAGUAAGAAUAACAAACCUACCAAUGGUGAGGAAUAA